AUGUCACAUCUUGGGAAUGCGCUGCAAAUAUGGCAAGAAUCUCUUCCACUUCAUCAUCCUCAUCUAGCAAUCUUGCACAAUAACGUUGGCAUGGCGCAACAGUCGAUGGGAAAGUAUUCAACGACACUUUUACAUUAUCAGAAAGCGCUAGACAUAAGACAAAAUUCUCUUCCAAUUGAUCAUCAUUUUCUAGGAACUUUACAGAAUAACAUUGCUCUUGCCCAUCAAUCGAUGGAAGAGUAUUCCACUGCACUUUCGCAUUAUCAGAAGGCUCUAGAAAUCGAUGAACAAUAUCUUCCACUUAACCAUCCGAGUCUAGCCACGGCCCGCAGCAACAUUGAUUUGGUACACCAAUCGCUAGGCCAGUGUUCAAUCGCACUUGCAAAUCUCAAGGGGGCUCUCAAAAUUCGAGAAAAAUCUCUUCCCUCUAAUCAUCCUGAUUUAGCAUCGUCACACAAUAAUAUUGGCCUGGUGAGCCAAUCGAUGGGAGAUUAUCCAACUGCACUUUCACACUUUGAAAAAGCCCUUCAAAUAAGUCGAGAAUCUCUUCAGCCUGAUCAUCCUCAUCUAGGUACAUUAUACAACAAUAUUGGUUUUACCUAUCAAUCAAUGGGAGAUUAUUCAAUUGCACUUUCACAUUGGUAG